AAAUGUGAAGAUUUGCAGCUUUUCCUUUUGAUUAUUUGAAUGUAUUCUUAAUUUUUCUCUUUGAGAUGUGGAGUAGAAGUAGAAAGUGGCAUGAAAAGAAAAUACUCAAGUAGGCCUAAAGUACAAAAAGCCUACCUCUAACCUACUUAAGUACAGUAGUCUACUUGAGUAAAUGUACUUACUGUCCACCACCAGUGUUGUUACGACUUUGUGCCACAGAAUCCCACCAGACAAGUUGGUUCAUCACAGUUUUAUAUGGGACCCUGAGAAAGCAUCUCGGGAACGGCUGCCCUUGACAUACUGCCACUAACCUCCAUCUAGUAACUGCAUUACAAUAACACACUUGCAUCGCAGCAUCAUUCUGCCCGCGCAAUUGUAUUGCGAGUAAAUCAAAUCCUAUUGAUUUUUGCUGCCAAUGCUAAUUGCAGUGCAGCAGCGCUAUUUGCACAAUCGUAUUUUGACGUUUCGCGUGUUUCACCAGAGGAGGGCGCCAGUGUAUAAACGUCCCUGCAGCAGCAUCCUUGUGUAACCUGGAUGCUGAUGCCGGCCCACCAUCGCGUGCUGCAGCUAGAAAUAAUGUCGGGAUGGCCGGUGCAUUGCUGCAGCUAGUUUUUGUGUUGUGUGGGAUAGUCGCCAAGAACAUUUGAUACAUUAUAAUCCAAUUUAAAUCCUCCUUAUAGCUGUUCUUCUAACAGGCCUGCGUGGUGCUGGCAGUGGUACUGCAUACAUUAACGCAGUGCAACAUGAUUGUGUGGCGGCCUUUAAACGGGAUCUGGCGUCUGUUGGUGAAAUGACACAAACAGAUCAUAUGGAGCUAAUGCUUUGUAGGCUGUAGGCCAUAAGAGUAUGAUAAAAUGGAAAUACCCAUGAAUGAAGGGCCAGGUCGCUUUAAAUUCACAAUUCAGUGAUAGAGAUGCCCCUGUAUUGAAAUAGUCUCUGACUAGACACUUUUCAUUUGAGAGCCUACACUCAUUUAGACUCAUAUCCACAUGUUUGUGUGGCUGUAAAUACAUAUUUAUGGAGGAUUCGGCUGUCACAAAUGAAUCCUUGGAUAAAAGUAUGCGCACGGCGGCUCCGCGUCUCACUUGCGCUCCUCAUCAUCGCAUCCAGGGUUGAACGCGUGAAAUGGGAAGCACUACCUCCCGCCUUCAUGCCUAAAUUAUGUAGGGCAGGACGGGAAUGCUGCGCUACCUCCAUUUGAGAAAACGCGGCCGGUGAAUGUGAUAGUGAAACAAAAGGAAUCAUAAAAAAAAAAAAGCCAACCUCGUCUCCAGUCAGCGCUCGACAGAAGCGGAGUGGCGCAUCACGACUUGCCUAUUGUGAAGCCGGGGAAAAGAAAAGAUGGACAUCACGGAUCAAGGAGCUCAAAUGGAGCCGCUCUUACCAACGGAACAAAGUUCCCAAGAAAAUAAAGACGUGAGAACUGAUGAGGAGGCAGUGGUGGACCGCGGGGGCACACGCUCCAUGCUCAACACUAACUUUGAGAAGGAGGAGCUAGAAGGUCACCGCACCCUUUACAUUGGGGUUCACGUUCCCCUGGGCAGGAGGUCACACAGACGUCACCGUCACCACGGACACAGACACAGGAAGAGGUCCAAGGAGAGGGACUCCUCAGCUGAUGAUGGGAGAGAAUCCCCUUCACACACAGACACACCCGCUCAGAGGGUGCAGUUUCUGUUGGGUACAGAGGAUGGCGACGAGGAACACAUCCCCCACGCCCUGUUCACCGAGCUGGAUGAAAUCUGCCUCAGGGAGGGUGAGGACGCCGAAUGGAAAGAGACAGCCAGGUGGCUUAAGUUCGAGGAGGAUGUUGAGGAUGGUGGUGAGCGGUGGAGUAAACCCUACGUAGCCACUCUGUCUCUACACAGUCUUUUCGAGCUUCGCAGCUGCAUCAUGAACGGCACUGUGAUGCUGGACAUGAGGGCCAACUCGCUGGAGGAGAUCGCAGACAUGGUGCUGGAUCAGUACGAGGUGUCUGGCCCUGUAGGUCAGGAUGCUAGGAAGAAGAUCCGUGAGGCCCUGCUCAAACAGCACCACCACCAAAACCACAAGAAACUGGCCAACCGCAUACCCAUUGUGCGCUCUUUCGCUGAUAUUGGCAAGAAGCAGUCUGAGCCUCAUUCCAUGGACAAGAAUGGCCAAACAGUCUCACCUCAGUCCCAGCCAGCUAACAAUGAGGGCAAACAGGACGUCAGCCGGGAAAACAGUGCUGUCGACUUCAGCAAGAUUGACCUCCACUUCAUGAAGAAGAUCCCUGCUGGGGCUGAGGCAUCCAACGUCCUGGUGGGAGAGCUGGAGUUUCUAGACCGCCCUGUGGUGGCCUUCAUCCGCCUGGCUCCUGCUGUGCUGCUCAAUGGCCUGGCUGAGGUUCCCAUCACCACCAGGUUUCUUUUCAUCCUGCUGGGCCCGCUGGGAAAAGGUCCACAGUAUCAUGAAAUUGGCCGGUCUAUUGCUACCCUGAUGACUGAUGAGAUUUUCCAUGAUGUUGCUUACAAGGCCAAAGACAGGAACGACCUGGUGGCAGGCAUCGAUGAGUUUCUGGACCAGGUGACGGUGUUACCCCCGGGAGAGUGGGACCCCUCCAUCAGAAUAGAGCCUCCAAAAAACGUGCCCUCUCAGGAAAAGCGUAAGAUUCCCCCUGUUCCCAACGGAGUGACAGAUCUUGGAGAGUCGGAGGAACAUGGAGGGCACGGUGGCCCUGAGCUCCAGCGCACUGGGAAGUUAUUUGGUGGGCUCAUCUUGGACAUCAAGCGAAAGGCUCCUCACUACCUUUCCGACUACACAGAUGCCAUCAGCCUGCAGUGUCUGGCUUCCUUCCUCUUUCUCUACUGCGCCUGCAUGUCACCUGUCAUCACUUUCGGAGGACUCCUGGGCGAGGCCACAGAGGGACGUGUGAGCGCUAUUGAGUCUCUGUUUGGGGCGUCCAUGACUGGAAUAGCCUACUCUCUUUUUGCCGGUCAGCCCCUCACCAUCCUGGGCAGCACGGGGCCUGUUCUUGUCUUUGAGAAAAUCCUCUUCAAGUUCUGCAAGGAAUAUGGCCUCUCCUACCUCUCCCUGAGGACUUGUAUUGGCCUGUGGACAGCCUUCUUCUGUCUGCUGCUGGUGGCCACGGAUGCCAGCUCGCUUGUCUGUUACAUCACACGCUUCACUGAGGAAGCUUUCGCCGCGCUGAUCUGCAUCAUCUUCAUCUAUGAGGCUCUGGAGAAGCUGAUGCACCUGGGGGUGCACUACCCCAUCAAUAAACACAACAACCUUCAGAAACUCACACAGUACUCGUGUGCGUGUGUGGAGCCCAGGGACCCCAGCAAUGAGACUCUGCAGUUCUGGGAGGAAAGAAACAUCACAUCCUCCCAGGUCAACUGGACCAUGCUGGAGGUCAACGAGUGCGAGAUGUUGCAUGGUGAGUUCGAGGGCAGUGCCUGUGGCCCCCACGGCCCCUACAUCCCGGACGUCCUCUUCUGGUGCGUGGUCCUCUUCUUCUCCACCGUCUUCAUGUCCGCCUUCCUCAAGGAGUUCAAGACGAGCCGUUACUUCCCCACCAAAGUGCGGGCCAUCAUCAGUGACUUUGCCGUCUUCAUCACCAUCCUUACUAUGGUUUUAGUAGAUUAUGCCUUGGGGAUCCCCUCACCUAAACUACAGGUCCCCAACAAGUUCAAACCAACCAGGGAUGAUCGCGGCUGGCUUAUAAACCCAGUGGGGCCCAACCCCUGGUGGACCACCAUCAUCAGCUUCCUCCCUGCUCUGCUCUGCACCAUCCUCAUCUUCAUGGACCAGCAGAUCACAGCCGUCAUUAUCAACAGGAAGGAGCACAAACUGAAGAAAGGCUGUGGCUACCACCUGGACCUGUUUGUGGUGGGGGUGAUGCUGGGCGUGUGCUCGGUGAUGGGCCUGCCGUGGUUCGUGGCGGCCACCGUGCUCUCCAUCUCCCACGUGAACAGCCUUAAGCUGGAGUCGGAGUGCUCGGCCCCCGGAGAGCAGCCCAAGUUCCUGGGUAUCCGUGAGCAGCGCUUCACCGGCCUCAUGAUCUUCACCCUGAUGGGCUGCUCCGUCUUCAUGACGUCUGUGCUAAAGUUCAUCCCCAUGCCUGUGCUGUACGGAGUCUUUCUGUACAUGGGAGCUUCUUCGCUCAGAGGCAUUCAGUUCUUUGACCGUCUAAGGCUGUUCAGCAUGCCGGCCAAACAUCAGCCAGACUUCAUCUACCUUCGUCACGUCCCACUGAGGAAGGUGCACCUCUUCACCAUCAUCCAGCUCAGCUGCUUGGUCCUGCUCUGGGUCAUCAAGACCUCCAGGGCUGCCAUUGUCUUCCCCAUGAUGGUCUUGGCACUGGUGUUCAUUCGUAAGCUUCUGGACUUCAUCUUCACCAAGAGAGAACUGAGCUGGUUGGAUGACUUGAUGCCAGAGUGGAAGAAGAAGAAACUGGAGGAUGCAGAACAAGAGGAGGAGCACAGUAUUAUUGCAGAGGAAGAAGGCAUUGUACAAAUGCCACUGGAGGGAAACUUAAAGUGUGACCCCGCCACAGUGAACAUCACUGAUGAAAUGUCUAAAGGAUCUUUCGGGAAUGUGUGGAAGGGUGUCAGCCCUGCUGAGAGCACAAAGAAGGAGCCAAGCGCUAAAAGUUGUUCCAGUGGCGGCGAAAAGCGUCACAAGCGCCGGAGGCAUGAGAAGAGCUUGGACAGGGAGACAAGUUUGUGAUGACACAUACUGGCGGUGCCACUGUGCUGUUUAUCAGUAGAUCAAAAAACAAAAAAACUGUACCGUGCCACACUCAACCACCUUUGUACUGUGCUACACUGUGUUUUUGUCAUGUAAGUCUGUGUGCAAGUUGUGUAAAACAAAGGAAAAUGUGUUAGAAACAGUAUUAACAUGAGGAACCGGGACACAUUUGUGUUCUUUUUCUAUGUAUUUCAAUGUUUGGUGAUACCAGCAACAGAAGAUAGCCAGAAUUAUAUGACACUUACAGUAACGGGCCAAUUAAGUAAACAUUUUAAACAAUUUUUAAAUCUACUUUAUUUGUAUUUUGUAUGUUUUUAUAUUUUUCCAAUAGUAAUUGUCCUUUAAAAAACCUGCCACGUCAAGCCGCAAAUGUGUGGAUUUUGUGUGCAGUAUUUAAUGCCGCUAUUGUGCACCUCACAAUAGACAGGAGUAGAUAUUUGCCAAUACUAAUUAAUCUAUUUCACUGGUAUCUAAAAGACUUGGCUCUAGCGAAUCUAGUAAUUUUUUGAAAGUAUUAAAUAUACAUUUUAUAUAUUCUGUAUAUCUAAAUGUUUUUGUGACAGUGACGGCUCAUAUCACUCCAGAGUUUUCUCCAUUGCUAUUUUACAAAUAAAUGUCUCUCCUCCAGUAAAGCAUUUCCUCAAACAAGUUAAAGGAAUUGUUUGACAUUCUGGGAAGUUCUUGUUUUCUUACUGAUAGUUACACAUAAAGAUUGAUACUCUCUCAUGUCUGUACAUUAAAUAUGAAGCUAGGGCUAGCAGCUGGCUAGCUUAGCUUAGCCAUUUGGACAAAGACUGAAUCAGUCUUUGUGCCUGGCUUUGUCCAAAUUGAACAAAAUUCGCUUGAUAUCUCGUUUAAAAUCCGUACCAAAACCUAAAUGUAAAAAAGACUUGUUGUGGUUUUACUUUUUUUUUUAUCUGGAGCAGGAGCUAGUGGAUAGCUUCAUAUCGUACAGACAUAAGCGAGGUAUCAAUGUUCUCAUCUAACUCUCCCCAGGAGUUGGCAUAUUGAGUGUAGUGUAUUUCCUGAAAUAAACUAUUCCUUUUAGGACAGUAUAUUUUGGGAGCAGCUUAUUGGAAAAUCAUAUUUUCAAGCUAGCAUGGCAGUAUAGGUCGGGAACUUUCAGCGGGCCUAUCCUUAGCUACUUGGCCUUGGCUUUUUAAAAACUCAUCAAAUUUGCGACUGCUGAACUUUAGGGUGACUGUACAGAAAGCUCUAUGUUUUCCACCUACAUACUCUUUGUCAUCUUGUCAGUAAGUGUCAUCCAUGGACAUGUGAUCUCCUAUCCAAACGACCCUCAAUGUGUUAGCAUCUGAAGCUAAUUGUUUUAAAAAAGGAACACAUGCAUGGUGGUGAAACAGACUUAGCUGUUUCACUACAGGACCAUGGUUACUUCUAUAGAUGCAAUAAUACCUUUUUUCUGGGAAGGGCAACAUGUAAUAAACGGUAAAGAGUCUUAAAAAUGUACAAUACAUAGUAUAUUUUAUUCAUGUAAAAUGUUACUAAUAUAUUACUAACAUGAAGUCAGUGUUGAAGGCAGGUUUUUGUUGUAGAUGUUCAUUUCCCAUUGUCAAAUUGAUGGUUCUUAGUUCAUUAGAGAAACUAAUAAUGGGUCAAAAUUAUAUCAAUAUCAAAUAUUUUGACCACUUCUGUGUGGAAUUCUGCCUUAAUUUGGUAGUAAUAGCUGUACACUUUCUGUUUAAUAAUUUAAGUCACCUGUAUAGAAAUCAGUUAAGAUUUGUUGUUAUAUUGUGAUUUGUUUCAUGAGAAUGAGAGAGUGAGUGAAUGA